UUUAUCUGAGCCAUAAUGGGCCGUAUGAAACCGCUCCCCACUAAGACGGCGUCGCCCGGCCAUAAAUGCCGUGAGCUACUCGCUCGCCAUCCGCCCAACGCAGCCAUUUAUUCUGUCAAGUCUCCUACUGCUCAUCCAUCCCCUUCUCCAUCCGCAUCCAUCUCCAUCUGCAACCUCAUCCUCGACGCCAUGUCCGCAUCGUCGUCAACCUCUCUCCCCGUCCCAGCGGAUUGGCUUCUCCCUGUCAUGUCGUGCCUGUUCUGCGGGGACCAGGUUGUCACCAACGUCAAGAGAUCCGGACAACAAGCAGGGGAGCGGUUCUACAAAUGUGUGCGUUACGAUGCACGCCAGUGUCGUUUCUUCGAGUUCCAGCUAGCGUACUGCAGAAGGAUGACCCCUCACCAGAUCGCCACCGCUCGGCAAGCCGGAAUGCACCCAGCCGGUCAGAGAUUUGGUGUCCAGCAGGGCAACGGGGCGCCCCAGGUGGUUCCUGCUGCCAUCCAGGGCCAGAUCCAGGCGCAGGCCCUUCCCCAAGUGCAGCAACCCCCACCGGCGGCGAACAAUCUACCACAGAUUCUUUUUCUGUUGCACCCCCCUGCUGGCAACGAGGCUAAGCUGGUCCAUCUUGCUACCUUCCGCGACUUACGUCCAGCAGUUUGGAAUAGUAUGAGCUUUCAGUAUCAGAUUCCAAUCAACUGAGAUUCAGUA